GGUCGGGGAAGGGCUGGUUGUGUGGACAGUGAAAGGGCUCGGCAGAGCUCCUUAGUCAGUAGGCCUUGUAAUCACUUGGCAAGGAGCAACAAUGGGGCCUGCAUGCUUGAGAAAAUCCCCAUCUGCAAGACGUCUGUGGCUGAGAUCAGGCCUGCUGAUGCUAUGAGUGUGUUUAUGUGGUUGAGACAGAGAGAGAGAGAGAAAGGAGAAAGAAGAGACAAUAGAUAGAAGGAAAAAGAGAUGAAGGGAGGGUAAGCGAUGUGGGGCGGUGAGCUGUGAGCAGAGCUGGAAUGCCAUUGUUAGAGUUCACUGCUCUGUGCUUAAGAGAGGGACAGCUGCUUCUGAGGCCUUCUUGCUCAUGUGAGACAGGCUGCUGAGUUCACUGUGAAUUUUCCCUCCAUCUCCUGACAGAAAGACAGACAGACAGGUGGGGCUUGAACUCAGCCAGCUGGGAGUCAAGGGAAGGAACUAGGAGGAAUUUAGGGAGUGGCAUUUUAAAGCUUCCUCUUUACUCUCUUUACUCUUCAAGAAAAGGGGCCUAGCUAUAUUUGUCAAGGUGCCGUUCAGAGCAGCUUAUUUUUUUGUGUGUGGUCAUGUGUAGGCCUGACAGUUAGCCCCAUCUCAUGUCAGACUGAGAGAAAGAGAACAGUUCUAUAAAUGCAACCUCAAAAGAGACAUAACAAACCCUGUUGUUGGAACAGUGGUUAAAAGAUGAAGCAAGACUGAGGAAUAGUACAGUCAUGGGGCUGUGAUGCAUCAUGAGGUGAUGGGUUAAGCGGUCUCCUUACCCCCUUUGAAUGUCCGUCACCAUGGCUAAGCGUGAGACCGGCAGCACCAGCCCUGUGGUCAGGCAGAUAGACAAGCAGUUCCUGGUCUGCAGCAUUUGUUUGGACCAUUAUCACAACCCCAAGGUCUUGCCAUGCCUGCACACCUUUUGUGAAAAAUGUCUACAGAACUACAUCCCUCCCCAGUCUCUGACACUGUCCUGCCCAGUUUGCAGACAGACCUCUAUCCUGCCAGAGAAGGGUGUGGCAGCCUUGCAAAACAACUUCUUCAUCACAAACCUAAUGGAGGUGUUACAGCGAGACCCAGAGUGCAGCCGACCUGAGGCCUGUAAUGUUCUUGAGUCAGCCAGUGCAGCUACAGCCUGUCAGCCCCUCUCUUGCCCCAACCAUGAGGGCAAGGUGAUGGAGUUUUACUGCGAGUCAUGUGAAACAGCCAUGUGUCUGGAUUGUACAGAAGGAGAACACAGGGAACAUGUGACAGUUCCCCUGAGGGAUGUGCUGGAACAGCACAAGUCGGCGCUCAAAAAUCAGCUGGAUGCUUUGCGCAACAGACUACCUCAGCUUACGGCUGCCAUUGAGCUUGUGAAUGAGAUUUCCAAGCAGCUUACAGAGCGGAAAAAUGAGGCAGUGACUGAUAUCAGUAACACAUUUGACGAGCUGGAGAAGGCCUUACACCAGCGGAAGACCGCUCUCAUUACUGAGGUGGAAAACAUCUGCAACACCAAGCAGAAGGUGCUUCAAGCCCAGCUAACAUCUUUGCUCCAGGGCAAAGAGAACAUUCAAAGCAGCUGCAACUUCACGGAGCAGGCUCUGAGCCAUGGCAGUGCCACUGAGGUUCUGUUGGUCCAGAAACAGAUGGGUGAGCGGGUCAGUGCCCUGGCACGACACAGCUUUCCUGAGCAUCCCCACGAAAAUGGACAUCUGGAAUGCCAAGUGGAGACAGAUGGACUAAGGCGCUCCAUCCAGAACCUGGGAGUCCUUAUCACAACAGGGGCUGUAGGCCAUACUAGUGUUGCCACUGGUGAAGGCCUGCGACAUGCGCUGGUUGGCCAGCACACUACUAUCACAGUCACUACUAAAGACAAGGAUGGAGAACUAGUGAAGACUGGUAAUGCUGCUCUGAGGGCGGAAAUUGUCUCUGCGGAUGGAGUGUGCACUGAAGCGGAGGUGGUGGACAACAAGAAUGGCACCUAUGAGGUUGGAUAUACGAUCCGCUCAGAGGGAGAAUUCACCUUCUCUUUGCUGCUGUAUGAACAGCCUGUGAGGGGAAGUCCGUUCCGUCUGCGUGCUGUCAAGCCGUCAGAUGUCCUGCAAUCGCCAGACGAUGUGAAGAGAAGAGUGAAGUCUCCGAGUGGAGGAGGAGGUCAUGUUCGACAGAAGGCUGUGCGCAGGCCCUCCAGCAUGUACAGCACCACCAAGAAAAAGGAAAACCCAAUAGAGGAUGAGUUGAUCUACAGAGUGGGAACAAGAGGGCGAGAUAAAGGAGAAUUCACUAACCUGCAAGGCAUCUCAGCCUCUAGUAACGGGAGGAUUGUUGUGGCAGAUAGCAACAACCAGUGUAUACAGGUAUUCUCAAAUGACGGACAGUUUAAAAUGAGGUUUGGUGUCAGAGGUCGUUCACCAGGGCAGCUGCAGCGCCCCACAGGGGUCACAGUGGACAUGAAUGGCGACAUAAUUGUAGCUGACUACGACAACAGAUGGAUUAGCAUCUUCUCCCCGGAUGGCAAGUUCAAGAACAAAAUCGGCGCCGGAAGAUUGAUGGGACCCAAAGGUGUGGCUGUGGAUAAGAAUGGACAUAUCAUCACAGUAGAUAAUAAGGCCUGCUGUGUCUUCAUCUUCCAGUCAAAUGGGAAACUGGUGACAAAGUUUGGAGCCAGAGGAACAUCAGACAGACACUUUGCAGAAAAGAGUGGUGCAAACAUUGCACUGGAGCAAAAGCUUAGUAAAUCUGGCCCUGUUUUCAGUCCUCACUUUGUGGCCGUAAAUAACAAAAAUGAAAUUGUGGUAACAGACUUUCACAACCAUUCAGUCAAGGUGUACAAUGCAGAUGGGGAGUUUCUGUUUAAAUUUGGCUCCCAUGGCGAAGGGAACGGCCAGUUCAAUGCUCCAACAGGCGUGGCUGUGGAUGCCAAUGGAAAUAUCAUUGUUGCUGACUGGGGCAACAGUCGGAUCCAGGUGUUCGACAGCUCAGGGUCCUUCCUGUCCUACAUCAACACAUCAGCAGACCCCCUGUAUGGCCCUCAAGGCCUGGCCCUCACGUCUGAUGGUCAUGUGGCGGUGGCCGACUCUGGGAACCACUGCUUCAAGGUCUACCGCUACCUGCAGUAGACACCUGAGACAGCCAUCUUCACCACUGCAAGCACUGACAACGACACAACUAAUGUAUUCCACAGGGUGCACCUUCCAAUACAGCCUUUUAAUGUGCACAUCAGCUGAUCUCCUGGAUAUAAUGAAGUGUCUGAACCCGAGUUUACCCUUUUAUGAUGUGUAUUGAAAGUUGUUUUAAAGUGGGGCAAUGUAGCAUCCUGGGACAAGUCAUGGACAUAAAGCUAUGGACUGGUUUUAGAGCCUAUUGAUGGUGUUAUUACCUGUGAGACCAGAAAGGGUAGGAGAUAAAUUGAAGUAUUUAAUGAGCCAUAACUUGUCCAAAUGCAUGAAGUUUUAUUUUAUCUUAAUGCUUAGGCAACAGCACAGUGUACCCAUCAGUUGCUUUUCUCAUGAACUAGUUAAUGCUUACAGUGAACUGAACAGUGCUAAGCUUCUCCAGCAAUGAAAUGUAAAAUUUCUCAUUUACUGACAGAACAUAAAAAUGUCACCACCAUCUGUGCAUUGAUUUGCUGUAUGUACUGUAUAUACAUAAAUGUAUAUUGUGUAUAUUAGAUCACUCCGUAUGUAUUUGCUAUGAUUUUGAAACACACAGCUGUUUGGCUAUUCAAAGAGCAGCAGUCAAGGAUUCCAGGAUUUCAAGAAUGUGUGUAUGGCAGCUGUUAUAAAGUGUGCUUUUUAAACAUACCCAGCACAUGCUUAAAAGAAGAAGAGUGUCAUAUUUAUUGGGAAUGUAAGCAGCACAAUAACCAUUUUUGUUAAUAUCUGUUGUUUUAAAGGGAAAAUCAAAAAUUAAAAAGCUAAUUUAUUUUAUUUUAUACACUAGCUCAGCAUUUACAAAUUAUUUUUCUAAAGUGAUGUGCUUCCUUUGUUUUUACUUUGUCCCUUUUCUCCUAAAAUGAAAUUUCACCUUAAAGCAGAAUUCAGUAUUCCCUCACAUCGGGAAGAUUUUGAUUAGUGUUUCCAAUGCUUCUUUGUUUUCAUCUGGGAUGCCAUCAUAAAAAGUUAUCUUAGUUUAUUUGUUUAGAAUUAAUGUCUCAAGAUAUGGGAUCACAGAAUGAUUGUAUUCAUUUGAGUGCUAACAGUUACAAACCAGAAAUAAUACACAUAUCUCAGGAAAACCACCCAAAUUAAUCACCAUGUCAGUGAAACAACUUUAAUUUUUAUUCCUUUGAUGGUAUCAGAUUUUUAGGGAGGCUUUGGGAGCUUUGUGAGAAAACUGUUAACUGUGCAUCAAUAUGAAUCCAAGAUCAUGGAAAUUAUUGGGAUGAAAUAUGAAUUCUGUUUUAUAGUGUUGUUUUUGUUUGUUUGUUUGUUUGUUUUGUUUUGUUUUUUUUGGCUUUUACAUAGGAAACAGUUACAAAAUCAUUAAAUGAUAAUUUAUUAGAUGACUUUUGCCAGCAGACUCACCCACGCUUUAGAAUACACAUGCCUAUGAUACGUGUCAUAAGCUAUCAAGCAUAAGGCUGCUAGAUAUGAGUUUCUGCCUGCACUACAUCAAGCCAUGAGUCCCAAGGAAAAACCUUUACCCGCAGAGCUGGUGCUGCUCUUCCUCCCCCUAGUGUUCAUUCUGUGUAAUGUCAAGAAAACCUGGUGCCACAGUGGAAGAGACCAGGUGCAGGAAAAAGGCAACUUCCAUGUCUGACAUAAUUACUCACAGCAUUGUGCUAAAAACCCCAACAUAAACAUUCACUCUACCCAGUGUAGAAAUUCUCUGAGCAACAGGAUGUGACCUGAUUUCACCACCUAAGUCAUCCAGGAAGCUGCUGUUUUUCAUGCACUUGAUCUGUUGUUUGACUUGUUGCCAAACAGGAGCCCAGACGUCUUUAAAGCGUCAAAGGGCUUACCGUUUCGACAUGUGUCUGAAGCAUUUUACUCUACACUGUUUGUGUCACACCAAUACAAACUAUUUUGUUUUCUCUAUGAAUAUGCACUGGUAAUAAAAGCACAUGGUUUACUGA